UCUGCAAAUGCACAACUUCUUUUACUUUUUUAGGCCUUUUGCAAAUCCAGCAUCUUCCCUAUCCCAAAGUGCACAUCUUCCUUGAAUUGGUUAUGAAUUCAGUACAAAAUCUGUUCGAAUUUGAACCCUACCAGCAUCUUACCAGCGUCGAGCAAAUAUGGAGGUGCGCAGUCCCACUCUGAAGCUUUUCUUGCUGAACCACUGAGGAAGAUAUCUGUUCGAGAUUUUUGCGCUUACAGGGAAUUCUCAACUUCAAUUGAGUGAGUGCUUACAAAGUGAUGAAAGUAUUACAAUGAUUAGAAAUUCAAGAGAAGAAGAGCUUUUAACCAAACAAGGAGGAGGUAACAAUGAUGACAGGUUCCCCAUGAGUUCGAGACUCUGGUCAGAACUAAGAAAUCCAAGGAUUGUACGAGUCUCACGCACAUUUGGAGGAAAAGAUAGGCAUAGCAAAGUCAGGACUAUAAGAGGAUUAAGGGAUAGGCGUGUAAGGCUGUCAGUGCCUACUGCUAUUCAAUUGUAUGAACUUCAGGAUAAGCUAGGGCUUAACCAGCCUAGCAAAGUUGUGGAUUGGCUGCUCAAUGCUUCUCAACACGAGAUCAAUAAGCUUCCUCCACUCCAAAUGCCACCAGAAUAUUUCAUUCAAUUCCCUCAGUCCAUGGCAAUCUCUCAUAAACUGGCUCCACCUGAAGCUCCCUCUUUUCUCCCCAUUACAGAUAGUACUGAGUUUAUUUAUUAUGAUAGAGCUCGCCACUUAGCCUCUUCUUCAACUGUGGCAAAUGGCGACAUGCUUGACAAUAAUACUGGUGAAAAUGUAAUGAUGCUGCAAAAAUCCGCAUUUUGGAGUUCAGAUGUUCUUAUGAAGAAUAGAGAAAAAGAAGCCAUGAAAGAACCCAGCACUGAGAAAGGCAGCAUGAUCAAAGGAAAUGACGUAGGAAGUGAUGGAUUGCAGAAUAAUACCAUAUACCCCUCCUACCAUCACUGGAAUCCUCCUAAUGCGCAUUUAUCCCAUUUGGGAAGCCAUUUGUCUCGAGAAGAAGGGCUCCAUAACUAUCAGCCAGGAUCGUUGUUUGCGACAUAUUUGAAUGCCCCAACUGACUUUGCCAAGCAGUACAACCACCUUGAUAUGGCAAACUCAGCUUCCAAGCUCCUCCCAUCAAAUUCUCUCAGAACUUCAUUGCAAUCUACAGGCGAUCCGAGCUUGAAACUUCUCCAUCCAAACUCAGGCUUUAAACAUCACUAUCCUCAAGAUCAUCAAGAAGGCUAGACAAUGUACACGAGAAGAAACAGCGGCAAUUCUGACGACCGCAUACAUCAACCACCUUCACAAGGAUUCUACAGGCAGUUCUGAGUUUUAAUGUGUUUCUUUCAGGUAAAGCAUAUGGUUUUUCGAAUGUUGGAAAUCACAUGAAAUUUUCUGUUCUCUUUUGAUAUAUGGGAAUGAGAGAUCUAAUAUGCAGUAAAUAAGUUCUCUUACUAAGUUCAGUGGCAUUAAGUUUACUGUAAAGUUGACACUAUUAGUAUAUGUUAAAGAUAACUUUUCUUUUUUGGCGGUGAUUUUCACAUAGAGCGGACGAUGGAUGUCUAGUCUGGAGUUUGUAUCAUAAUAUAAGAGAUUCCAACUAUGGUGAUGAUGUAUUUUUCUGAUAUUUUUC